UAAAGAGAGAUCCCACUAUACACAUUCCUACCGUACCCUCCACCACCAGAUUUCCAAAUUAUCCUAUAUCUUACACUUCAGAUCGUGUUACGUUUAGAACUUCGCAUAGUAUUCCAUCAUGGCAAACUUCCAGAUUCGAUAUAGGUGGAAAUGUGACAACUUCGCACUUCCCGAUAUCGGAAGUCUCUAGUCCCACUUGGACACCUAGAACUACUCCUUUUGAACAACCAUCGAUAACGACAGAUAUGGUAGACCAUAAUACCACAAGUUAUGUAACCGAAAGUCCCGAAACCGAGAAACCCGUGAUAACCACUGAACUAUUUACAACUGAGUAUACCCCAUUUUCACUUUCGCCAGGUUCAACUUCUAAACCUCCACCCGUAUACACAACUCAAGAACAAGAAUUUACAACAACUACAGAAACAAAAGAAACAUCGGAUAUUCUGCCUGAAUACAUAACAACAUUUGAAACUAAACCACCAUCGGAUUCUUCUUCCCCCCCUGAUAUGAAUACUGAACCACCUCAACCUGAUUCUUCCACAGAUAAUGGAACCUUCUCACCCAUUCCACUAAAUAACAGAUCACUUCAACCUCCCUUUAGAGACCCUCAGUUUCCUUCAAAUAAUGGCCAGUCUUCCCCGGCUCAAUCACCUUUACCUUCGUUUACCAAUUCGACCCAAGAAAACAAAAACACUAUUUGCUCCAACAUAUUCGAUUCUUUCACAUGCAAAGAUGGCAAAGGGAUUCAUUCCUGCACACAAUAUUGUGAUGGGAAAGACGACUGCGCUGACAAAUCCGAUGAGGAUCCUGAUUGCAAAUGCUCAGCCGGAGAGAAGAAAUGCAAAGGUGGUGGAUGCCUUCAUUCAUUCAAAUUUUGCGAUAAAGUGCACGAUUGUCCUAAGGAGGGAGAUUAUAGUGAUGAAAUGGAUUGCGUUUGUGAUAAAUCGGAAUUCAAGUGCCGAAACGGACUAUGCAUGGACGAAGAACAAGUCUAUUGCAAUAAAGUGAACGAUUGUGGAGAUAAUUCAGACGAGCCCGCUAACUGCACUUGCUUAGGUCGGGAUAGACAAUUCGAAUGCCUAACGGAGGGGAUUUGCAUUCCAUCUAUUAGCAAGUGCGAUGGCCAUGUCGAUUGCAGAGACAAAGGAGACGAACUUAAUUGUUCAUGUCCAUCUGAUACGAAAUUUAAAUGUGACGGUGGGGUCUGUAAAAUAUUGGAAAAGAAAUGUGACGGCUAUCGAGAUUGCGAGGAUGGAAGCGAUGAAGAAAAUUGUUAAACUCAAAAACUCAAAUUCUCUAUAAUAUACUCAAUGUGUGAGGAUUGAAAAUUUCGGCUUCUUCGUCAAAUGAAAUUGCAAUAUUCGAUUUUUAUAGGC